UGGUUGGUUAUUGACUUUGCUUCGUUAAUGUUUUCAUUUAUGUGAGAAAUAAUCACCAAAUUUGAAUUUGAUAUACAAUUACUUUCACUAAAUAAGAAAGUAAUCAUACAUAGAGAGUGAGUAAACUAUAUCCAUGAAUCAAAAUUCGAAUUUUUAUACGCAAUUUCCAAGCAUCCUAUCCAACGGAAGGAGAUCAAGAGGAAACUCCCACAUCAAGCCAGCCUGUUGCAUCCGGUUUCCAGAUGGAAGACUCUUCUCCAAGGAUUAUAUCUCGAGAGGGUUGCUUUGCGAGUGCAGGUUAUCAGCUUCUCUGAGUAACCGUUGGGCAGCUGCAAUGCAUCUAUACAAUGACCCUACUGUUGAUGUGUCUGAAAGACCAGUGAUGUAUCAUGGUGGAGAUGUGUUGAACGAGGCAAAACCAUUACAGAUACAGGCUUCAGGCAAGCAAGACACUACCUCCACCAAAGUUGCCAAGUGAUUACAUAACUAAGCUCUGUCGUGGACUGGCUGAAUCAAAGGUCGUCACGUUCUAAACUGGUGCAGCGUCAACGUCCAUUACAUAUUGAACUUUUGUCGGUUUCUUUCUUUUAUUUGGAUUUUGAGUUCUGAUUUUGUUUUAGCUUAAGUAGCAAAUCAAUGAGUAGGCCAAAUCAUUGAUUGAAUUAUUAUUAGUAAAUAAUGUAGAUACACAAGAAAUGCGUUCUACAUUUCUAGUUAAUCUGUGGUCUCAGAGGAUAAGACCUGAUACGCAAAGUCUUUUAU